GAACACCAAUGGAGUUCGGAGUUUUCUUCCUGAAAAUCGUGGGAACAGUGUGAUGUGUUUUUGUUACGAACGUAUAUUUUUCGUUCGACUAAGUUAUUGCUUCCAUCGUCUUUGAGAUGUAAUCCCCACGAAGUUGUGAGUUUUUAACUGACAUCCCAGAAGUUUUCGGGUACAUUGAUGUCAAGGUUACAUCAGUGAGAUGGUCUCUGCCUCUAAAUCCAUUUACAACAGUAAAUUUCUGCUUAAACACUUAACAAUGAUAAUCUUUAUACCGUUUACUCGCUCUUAAUAAAAUUGCUGCUCGGCAUUUUGUGAAGCCCUUGUUAGUGUCCUUUGAAGAUCAUUGCGUUGUCUGUGUCUGAGUCUCAGUUGUCUCUUAUCAUCAGGAGUGCUUCUAGACUUUGAUCAUUUCUGUAUCUCAUCAGUAAAGUACCCUGUAUUUUACUAAUUCACGUACCCAUGUUUGGAAGAAUAGUUUUCUUUCUUAUGGAAGAGUCCUAGGAUUGUUUGUCUGGAUGUCGUAGGACCAAAAUGGACAGCAACCUGUCCAACAGCGCUAGAAAAUUCAACAGAACCAUGGAUGGUGAAAGAUCUUCCAGUCCGCUGCUGCUGCGUUACGCCAGCCAGAACUCACUUGACGAGAGUUCGCAAAAGCAAAUUCCACGUAAUGGCUCCAAGGAUAAGCCUCCCUACAUGAGUCGAGAUCAUACUCAAAAAGCUUUUGAAGUGAUGAAUAACAUGAGAAAGCAAAAUCUGUUGUGUGAUGUGCGUCUUGUUGCGGAUGAUGUUGAAAUUGAUGCUCAUAAGAUGGUUUUAGCCUCAUGUUCUCCAUAUUUUUAUGCCAUGUUCACCAGUUUUGAGGAGAGCAAACAAGAUAGAAUUGUAUUGAAAGGCGUUGAUCCUGUGGCGCUGCAAAUCAUUGUCGACUAUAUUUAUUUAGCAGAAGUUUUAGUCACUGAAGAAAAUGUGCAAAUCUUGCUGCCAGCAGCGAAUUUAUUACAACUAACUGAUGUACGAGAUGCCUGUUGUGAUUUUCUGCAAGGACAACUACACCCCACAAAUUGCCUUGGUAUUCGAGCUUUUGCUGACUUGCAUGAUUGCAUAGACUUACUUUCCACAUCGGAAACAUUUAUUGAGCAACAUUUCAUGGAAGUUGUAGAGUGCGAGGAGUUUCUCUCAUUGUCCCAUCAGCAAGUUUCAAAAUUGAUAAGCAGUGAUAGAUUGACAGUUUCAAGUGAAGAAAAGGUAUUUGAAUGCGUCAUGAAUUGGGUAAACCACCAACUUGAAAAUAGACAAAAGAAUCUUGCAGAACUAAUGGAGCACGUAAGGUUACCUCUCCUAUCAAAGGAUUACCUGAAGAGAGUGAAAGAAGAGCCAUUGUUCAAAAACAGUUUACAAUGUAAAGAUUUUAUCAUCGAAGCACUGAUGUACCAUUUAGAAGGAGAUGUGAAGACACCUAGAACUAAACCAAGGAAAUCAAUCGUCCUCCCAAAAGUAAUAUUGGUCGUUGGCGGUCAAGCCCCGAAAGCUAUUCGAUCGGUUGAGUGUUAUGACUUGACAACAGAGAGAUGGACAUCUUUGGCAGAGCUACCAACAAGGAGAUGCCGAGCAGGUUUGGUUGUAUUGGAUGGGAGGGUGUAUGCUGUGGGUGGUUUCAAUGGCUCUUUGCGAGUGCGAACGGUUGAUGUUUAUGAUGCAGAGCAGGAUCACUGGACAUCAUGCCAGGGAAUGGAGGCUCGAAGAUCAACUCUUGGAGUUGCUGUCCUUGGAAAUUAUAUCUAUGCUGUUGGCGGAUUUGAUGGUUCAACUGGAUUAAGUUCUGCAGAAAGAUUUGAUCCAAAAACCCAGGCGUGGAAAAUGAUUGCAUCAAUGUCAACGAGACGAAGUAGCGUAGGAGUAGGAGUGUUGAAUAAUUUAUUGUAUGCUGUUGGAGGUUAUGAUGGUGCCUCUCGUACAUGCCUUAGCUCUGUUGAGCGUUAUAAUCCGGAAGAUGAUACUUGGACCAAUGUGAAAGACAUGUCAGAUAGGCGAAGUGGAGCUGGUGUAGGAGUUCUUGAUGGUAUACUCUAUGCAGUUGGCGGUCAUGAUGGCCCCUCUGUGCGUAAAAGUGUAGAAGCAUAUAAUGCUGAAACAAAUACCUGGUCAUUUGUCUCUGAAAUGGCUCUAUGUAGGCGUAAUGCAGGCGUAGUUGCACUGAAUGGGCUUUUGUAUGUUGUUGGUGGAGAUGAUGGUACAAGUAAUCUAUCUUCAGUAGAGGUUUACAAUCCUAAAACUGACCAGUGGUACAUGCUAACCUCUUCAAUGGGUAUAGGCAGAAGUUAUGCUGGCGUGGCAAUAAUAGACAAACCUGCACUCCUUUCGUGAGUCUUGAAGUCAACUCAUCUCACGAUCACAAUUUUACAUGUUUUCUUUGGUUACCUGUAAUAUUUUAGCUGUUGCCAUUCUUAAGUUAGCAUCUUUGGGGUUCAACAUAGAUACAUUUCUGUUUAUGUCUUUUAUUAUUUAAAGUUCCUUUAUCGUAAACAUUUUUUUUUUUUUUAAGAAAUUUUAGACUGGGUUUGGUUCUUGAAUCACAAAAGCCUUUUGAAUUCCAGAAAUUUACUGAGCAACUUUCAGCAGAUAAUUGUAGAUUUUGAAUUUUAUAAUUUAGUAUCGCUUUGAAUUUCAUGGGGUCCUUUCAAUCAUUUUUUUUUAUUUUAUUUUUUAUUCCUUCUCUCAUGUAUCUUUUUAUGAUCUGUUUUGAUUAAAAAUGAGAAUAAGAACCACUUAACCUAUUUAGACGAUUUUUAGAUUAAACAUUCCAGGUGUAGCAAAUUUUAUUUUUAUCUUUUGCACAGAUUUACUUUUUUAAUUUUUAUUUACUUUCCUUAAUUUCUUUUAUUGCCCAAAAAAUUACGAAAUUUUGAACUAACCGGGUACAGUUAAAUGGAGAUCAGGUUUUUUUUGGGUGGUGUAAUGAUGUCAUGAAGUACGAAACCGCAUUUAGCUUUAUAAACCAACCAAUGGAAUAUAUGUUUUAGAGGCAGCAUUAACUUAUUUAGGUUGGAUCUGAUUUUCUUUCUCCUCAGUCCUAAAAAACUCUCUUGAACAAAUUAUUUUUAACAUUUAGCAAUAACUUAUUUUGUCUUUUUGAAAACUGCCCAUUUUGUUUUAAUCAUGUUUUCCCCCUUGUUUUGAAGUGGUAGUUUCUGUUGGUGUUGAUUUCAAGAUUCAUCAAUCAUUCUAACUGUGCUGUGUAAAAUGCGAGGCUGAUUGAAAUUAAUUUUUUUCUGAGAAUUCUCUGCUCUUGAGUUUAUACUAUGUUAUCUCAGUCUUUAGUUUUAAAGUUCAUAAAAAAUGACAUGCAACCAGGCAUUAAUGAUACCUGGUAAAGUACAUUUUUUUAAUUAUGCAAGCAAGCCAAAAUUAACCACUGGGAACAGUGCAAAAACGAUAGCCAAAAUUUAAAACUGUUUUCAAAAGUUGUUAGCCAAACAUUGAGUUUAUGUAUGUUGCUCAAACUCUAUGCUCAGAACAAAUCAAGAAUCGAAAUUUCACUCUUAUGGCCCAAAUAUUUUGAAAACUCAUUUCAUUAAACCAGGGGAAUCCAGCUUUGAUGACAACUCUCUUAAAUGGGCCUGUUUGCACAUGAGAGAUACAGACAGUUGAGCACUCUGCUUUGAGGUAAAAGAGCAUGAAAAUUACAUUUGAACAUAAGAACUGUCUAAAAUCUACUCCAUAUUGUAUAAUUUCUACAUGGGUUUUUCAGAUUCACCAUGUCCGUUAUCAGUAUUUCCGAGUCCCCUGCUAUCAGACUUUUCAAGAGAGAGAAAACCUUACCUGAAUGAAGAAACAAUAUUGAAUGGGGAGGGGGGGGGGGCUGAAAAGCGUCCUCAUCUUAAUAGUCAGGAUUCCUGGCAAAAUUUUAAAAUAAUUGUAGCAAAUCAGUGUUCAGAAAAUAUUUACCUAAAUCGACACCAAGAGGUCCGCAAUCAGCCACUCAUUGUCCAAAAUACUGACCUCUGAAGGGCCCCUCCUCAAAUAGUAGGAGUGGCUUGGAAAAUAAAUGCUCUCAAUAAUAACAGAGCCCUAAGAAUUCGAAUCUUACGGUCCUGUAGACCCUUGGGGCUUCGCUUGUGUGGCACAAGGAGACACUAACUUUCAAAUUAAAAAAGACCUGGGUCCCUCCUGUACCCUAUCAGCGAAACCAUGGGACUAUCAAAUUCGGAUUCUUUGGGGCUAAUUACACAAGGGAGUAUCUUUUUUCCAAACCUGCAUGUUAACUUAGCCACCUACCAAUCUCUUGAGGGGGGGCUAUGCCUCACUUUUAGGGGGGGGGGGGUUUAUAUGAAUAGGGAUAAACCUAUUGUGGACUUCCCGACUUCGAUAAAAUGGACCACUAGACAAGGUGCAAAUUUCAGCAUUUUGAUACAUGUUUCUUAACCAAAA